AAUGCUCCGCUCCGUCCGUCUUGCAGAUCCAACCAUCCAACCAUCAACCACAACAGCUCAUCGAGCUCGGAGAGACGACCACCAGCGGAGCCGCCGUCUCUCGGGAAGGAGAGGAAGCCGACCGGAGCCAUGUGCUACCAGGUGAAGUGCGGCACCUGCGGCAAGCCCACGUGGUCGGGGUGCGGCCGCCACGUCGCGUCCGUGCACGCGCAGAUCCCCGAGGGCCAGCACUGCGCCUGCCGGGACUGGCCCGGCGUCGCCCCGCCCGUCGAGAAGAAGGCCGCCGACGCCGCCGCGGCCGAUGCCGGGAAGACCUCCGGCGCCGCCGCCGCCGCCGCCGAGGUGGAGGGGUCUGCCGGUCCCGCGGAAGGCUCCGCUGCGCAGUGAGACGCGCUGGUUCCUUCCCCCGGACGAGAACGAUGAUGCUCGAUUCGGAACGGCUGCGCGUGUCGCACGUGUGGCCGUCGUGCUACCAGCGAUGCCUGUUGCGUUGUGUGGUGUAAUUUCGUAUUGUAACCAACAGGCUCCGCGGUUAGGUGCGGAUUGACUGAAUAAAUUAAAUGUCUGCUGUGCUCUCAGUAAUAAAUAAUCCUGUAUUGAUUAUGUUUAGUUUGUAAUAGACGGCAAGUGGGCAAGUU